AUGGAACCUACAACAGAACCUAGCGAACUUGCUUCUUUACUUCGGCAAACUUCCCAUCUGCUGGAGUUAUCGACUCAGAAAGAGGAAGCCUCGCUUCAACAAAUUGCCGCUCUGACGGAGUUACUAGCUCAAAAAGAAGAAAUCCUACUGGAGAUGAUUGCGAGUAGAGAUCUUCAAGCGUCCCUUACUCAUGAAAUGGAAAGCCUCUGGCUGGCCGCCAAAUCCAGAACCCGAGCCGAAAUCGCUCUCAAGCUUAAAGCUCAAUCGGACUUCCAGAGCCAGAGACUUCGCCGUAGGGCCCCCGAUCCUAUACUAGACUCGGGCCCUUCCACUAUUCCUCCUCCGCCUCCUAUUGCAACCACCACUCCGCCUCUGCCAACUGCUGUAACCCCGACUUCUAUCCCGAGCCAGGCAGAUGCUCCUGCUCCAUCUGAGGUUCAGGUCGAGCCUCCAUUAGCUCAACCUUCCCCUUCACAACAGCAUCAGAGCACUGAGGCUAGUCCCUCGAAUCGCCCUUCACCAGCUACUUCGCCGCCAGAACCUUCUCGGGUGCCCCCCUCAGCUCCUUCCGGGUCAGCUGCUGGGCCUUCUGGCUCAGCUGUUGGGCCUUCCCAACCACCACCACCUGUUCCUCUCUAUUAUCGUACCACUGCUCCUUCUGAGGCUGAGUUACAGUCACGGCAAGAUGUUCCCACCAGCUCCCUGACAAUGAAAGGUUGCUUGGCCACCUUGUGGGAAGAAAGCAUGCAUCAGAUGGAACUCUUGCUGCCCCCUUCCCAGAUGGAUAGAUUCUCCGAGCUGUAUAUCAAGGCCUGUGCAGAGUCCCUGAUGAUAAACCAAUCCUUUCAUGCUAUUCAUCACCAAAAUAAGAUGCUGAGGGACAAGGUAACUGAACUGGAGCUUCAAUUAAAUAACUCGGCGCAGGCUAGUCAUGCCCUGAGAGCCGAAGUAAAGGAUCUGACCAAAAAGAAGAACUAUCUGGAAGUAUCCUUGGCGCUAGCUAACCACGAGCUUAAAGGCGUUAAGGAAGAAAAAAGCCAGGUCGAUGUCGUGCACCAUCAAUGCAUGGAUCAACAAAGUUUGGUGCAUCAACGAGCCGUUGACCAACUGACCCAGAAGCUAUGUGCCGCCGAAACCUUAGCACAAGAAUGGGACAAGAAAUUAAAAUCCCAGGCAACCCAAUUAACAUCUCAAGCAGCAGAAGUUCUGACAGCCCGGACUGAACUGGCUCAGGCCCGGGCCACUGCUGAAGGAGUAUCUAUAGCCCAGGCCAUCUAUAAGGAAGGAGAGAAUGACCGCUAUCAACAGAGCCGCGCUUUGUACCUGCGUUCUCCAGAAUUCUGUACACAAGCAGGGCAGCGUUUCUCCACCUCUGUUAUAUAUGGUGCGGCCGGGGCUCUACGACAACUUUAUGAACAGGGCUACUUGAAAUCAGCUCCUCCUCCUGAAUUUUUAGACCAUGACCGGAUCCUUAAGGAGAUUCCGGAUGAGAUUUUUGCUCCUUUCAAAUGA